ACAGGUCAAUAUGGGAGAAAAACUGAUUGAACGGCAAUGAGGUAUGGAAUCGUGACUGAUAUCAUUUCAUUGAGCUCCUUGGCAAUGAGCCCCAAACAGCCCCUCUGCUGCAUCCAGGAGGGAUGUUUUAAAAUAUUACACUGGGGUCAACAGAGAAUAAUACACUUGUGAAAUUGAAAGAGCUUUGAUUUAUCUUGGAGGUCAUUCUCCUUCUGGUCAACACCGACAGACAUCAUUCAAAAAGGCAACGGAUGUGUGUUACCUGAGUGGAGGAGAGCUGAGGAAGCAGGGCACGGUGCCACUGGCUGUGUGUGAUCUACUGAGCCGUGUAUCUUAUGUCCUAUUCAACACCAUGAUGGAAGGAGGAAGAGAAGACGGCCAGUGUGUGCGCUAUUACAUCCAUCAGAACCUGUUGCAGCAGAAGCAGCGAUUGGUCAGGCAGAAUGUCAGGCUCUCCGUCCUUUUCACCCAGAGGCGAGUGUAAAACAUCGACUCUCCAGGCCAAACCUCACACAUGUGAGCCCCUUGGGACAUCCCGACAGAAGGUGGAAGAAUCACAGAUAAAAGAUGGCGGUGCUGUCUGCUUCACCCUGCAUACCAGAACCACCUCAAGGACUGCACUUGUAAACAGGAGGCACAGCGUGGACGGGACCCUCACUUCAGUUUCGGGACAGGGCCUGGUUGACGCGUCUCGUUUCCACCCGUACCUGCGACAGUUCAGCGAGGCGGCGGCGGCAAACCCAGUUUGUCUUCAAAAUGCCUCGUCUCCCUUCAGCGGCCUGUUGGAGGUGUGCAGCGCUCAAACAUGCUGUACAAACAGCUCAAGCAGCGAUGCUGCAACACCGUGGGAACAAUACAACAACAGCAAUCAGUAUUCCUACCCAAACCGACAAGCUGCCCCUGCUGAGAGUCCUUGUUCCCGUUCUCAGGGCCGUCGAUCCUUCAGUUCAGCAAAUCCUCUCCAAGAGGUGGCGUCUAGGUUGUACACUACUGAGGAGCAUUCAAACAGGCCGACCCAUUCUUUUCACAGCCUCCCCUCUCACAUUCAUCAGAGGAGCCCCUCACAGACCCUCUUUCCCAAGCCCAUUUACUCAUACAGCAUUCUCAUCUUCAUGGCCCUAAAGAACAGUAAAACAGGAAGCCUGCCUGUCAGUCAGAUCUACAGCUUCAUGACUGAAAACUUCCCCUAUUUUAAGACAGCCCCAGAUGGAUGGAAGAACUCCGUGCGACACAACCUCUCCUUGAACAAGUGUUUUGAAAAGGUGGAGAGCAAAAAUGGCAGCUCCUCCCGUAAAGGUUGUCUGUGGGCUCUCAAUCCCACCAAGGUGGAAAAGAUGCAGGAGGAGCUCCACAAGUGGCGCCGUAAAGAUCCCGUCACUGUUCGCAGGAGCAUGGCAAGACCAGAGGACCUAGAUCGUCUACUUGGAGAGAGGCCUAACAAGUUGCGAUCAGUGCCAUCUUACAGCAGAGCUAUAGGAGUUUAUGGCACCAAUGCGACAUCUUCUUCCUCAACACAGGAGCAACCACAAAGCAGACCCAGUCGACGUCCACAGUAUUCACAGACUUAUCCACCUUCACAACAGCUCCUCUCUUUGCAUCAACCCUAUGGUCAACAACCCACAGCUGACCAAUCACACUCAACUUCAAGUGGGAAGCUUCCACUAGCCUACAGCGCCGACCCACAGGCCGAUUUCAGUGUAGGGCUAAGGAGCCUGCAUGAAUUGCUGUUAGAGGGAGAUGCCAGUUAUGAUGUGGACGUGCUCAACCCCAGUCUGACUGACCUGCAAUUGCAAGGUAACCUAUGGGAGGAGUUGCAAGAAGACAGCUUGGCAUCACAGCCGCCAACAACUCCCACAAGUACUACUAUCCCGUCUGUCCUGCAGGCGCCCUGUGUCUACCCGAGCUGUGUAGACCCCAUACUGCCCUACUGUUAGCGCUGCUACCUCCCCGGUGGCUGUGUUUGGUCAUUGUAAAGUGGAGUACGAGGACACAAGCAGGCUGUUCAAAUGGAUUACAUUCUGAAGAGGACAAUUUACUGCUGAAUUGCCUCACCACAUCCUUAACAUAAAGACUCGACUGCUAACCAGCAACUUCUUCUACUGACCCUUCAGAAAUGACUGCGAUUUGAAUGAGGCGUACAUGAAGCCCUCAAAUCAAUGUUACCUUGAGUGUGAUCAAGUGAUAAUAGACAAUGACCAAAAAAAGAGCUUCUUUGUUUUGUGUUCAUUCUCACACUUGUUCAUUUCAUGAACAGAUCCACAUC